CCCCUUUACUGAAGCCCCUCAGCCUUCCACCCCACGGCCCUCACUCUGCAGGCUGCCUGCCCCGCCCCGGCCCCGCCCCCGCACCUGCACCUCUAGGGGACCCUGCGCCCCUCCCCCGGGGCUACUCUCCGCCCACACGCGGUGGCCCAGUCUUUCCACCUGACCGGUCUCCUGUUGGUGUGUGGGAGGCCCGGUCCCCUGGUUCCAUGGCCCUCUCCUUCCCAGGAACCCUGAGCCCGAAGCCCCGGGACAUCUGGGACCCCGACCCAGCCGGGCAGCUGGAAGAGGGGCCACCCUGUGAAACCCGGGCCUCGGGUAGGGGGGCAGGACACGGGCCACCCCAAGCUCCCUCUCAAGGCUGGCCCUCAACACCAGUCUUCUGCCAGGAGGACCUUCCUUCAGAAGGGGCGGGUGGGUGUCACUGUGGAAGUCCUGGACCCUGAGGUGGACUGCAGCAUGGACGUCAUCCUGGUGGGCUCCAGCGAGCCGUCGGCGCCUCCUUCACCAGAGCCCUGCAGAGAUCUGAUUGCACACGAAGUCAAGGUUAACCAGCGGGACAUAGAAGACCUGUGCAUCUGCUGUGGGAGCUUCCAGGUGCACACACAGCACCCUCUGUUUGAGGGGGGGAUGUGCGCCCCGUGCAAGGACACGUUCGUGGAUUGCCUCUUCCUGUAUGACGACGACGGGUACCAGUCCUACUGCUCCAUCUGCUGCUCCGGGGAGACGCUGCUCAUCUGCGAGAACCCCGACUGCACCCGGUGCUACUGUUUCGAGUGCGUGGACACCCUGGUGGGCCCGGGGACCUCGGGGAAAGUCCAAGCCCUGAGCAACUGGGUGUGCUUCCUCUGCCUGCCCUUCCCCAGCAGCGGGCUGCUGCGGCGCAGGGCCAAGUGGCGUGGGCGGCUGAAGGCCUUCUACGACCAGGAGGUGGACAGUCCCCUCGAGAUGUAUAAGACUGUGCCCGUGUGGAAGAGGGAGCCAGUCCGCGUGCUGUCCCUCUUUGGGGACAUCAAGGCAGAGCUGGCGAGUUUGGGCUUUCUGGAAAGCGGCUCGGGCCCAGGAAGACUGAAGCAUCUGGACGAUGUCACCAACACCGUGAGAAAGGACGUGGAACAGUGGGGCCCGUUCGACCUCGUGUACGGCGCCACGCCCCCCUUCAGCCAGGCCUGCGACCGGCCCCCGGGGUGGUACCUGUUCCAGUUCCACCGCGUGCUGCAGUACGCCAGGCCGGGCGGCCCGCGGCCCUUCUUCUGGAUGUUCGUGGACAACCUGGUGCUGACCGAAGAUGACCGGGCCGUCGCCUCGCGCUUCCUGGAGGUGGCCUCGUGGCCCCCGGCAGAGGUGGUCCCAGCUCCCGCCCCCGCCCUCUGUUUCCUGGGCCUCAGGGAGCGUCCUCCAGCAGCUCUGCAUCACCGGCUCUCUCGUGCCGUUCUCGCGAACGCUUGUCCCCAGCGUCCCGUGGCACCUGGGUGUGUGUCGCAUCGUCUGACUGGCUUCCGUGUGCACACGGGAAGCUGUUGCUGUCGGCACGUUGAUGUGGGUCCCGCCGCCUUGUUGCAUGACCCUGCUGUCAGCUGCUGUCUUCGGUGGAUCCUGCUGGAGUUGCAGGCGUUUGAGCAGAUCGUCCGCAGAUAGGGACUGUUUUCUCUUUGCGUUUUACACUCAGAAAACACCGAAUCGCGGCCGUGACAGUGACGAGACGCUCCUGCCUUGUCCUUGACCGUCAGGGACCCGUCCCGGCCUUUCCCCUCUGGGCCGGUGCCGGCUUUGAGGUUGAGGUUGACAUACUUCGCUAUGUUAAGGAAGUGUCUGGAAGCUUCCACCGGUUUCUAUUAUUCUUGAGUAAUUGUAUCAUGAAUAAUUGAUGGAUUCUGUCGAAUUUUUUUUUUUACAUCUGUGAAGAGACUUAGAUAAUUUUCCUCUUUAGAUCUAUGAAUAGGAUGUAAGGUAGUCAUAGGUUUCUUAACGGUGAACCCUCCUUGCUUUCCUGGAAGAAACCCACGCAGCCGUGCGUGGGGCGUGUUUCUGCGGGCGUGUCGCUGAGGUUGGGUGAGCAGCGUCUCCUUUGGGGUUUUCGCUGUGAUCAGCAAAAAUAUUUGAGAAACGGACAGCAUUCUGCCGUGAAGCAGUCUGGAUUGCUGCUGGUUCCGUUGCUUUAAAACAGGAGUUAAGCCCUCCGCGGAAACUGAUUUAUCAGAUUUUCUCUUUUUGGAGACCCAUUGGGUAGGUUACGCGUUCCUAGAAUACAAUCUCUUUCAUGAUAGUUUUAAAAAUCAUUUUCUUAGAGUUGAGCAAAGUGGACCCAGGAUUCCUGUACUUCCUUCUGCCUUUGGGAUUAUUUCUCCUCCGUAGGAAGUUUGGGAUUUUAAAAAUACUGACGUGUUGUCACGUAACAGCCGUCAGGAUCAGGUUCGUGUAUCAAAAAAAAAAAAAAAAAAAA